AUCAGCACGUCCUCCGAACCCGAUCCCCACGACGCCAACAGAACCCUCGCGCGGCGAAUACCUCAUCGGAGGACCUCCGGCUUGGAUCGGUGGAAACCGAGGGGCUCCGCCUCGCCCAUCACGGCGGGGCCUACCUUGACAGCGUCUGCGCGGACCUGUCCUACUUGGGAUUGCCGUCGGACAUGGGCGAUGAUCAGCGGGAGGAGAAGACGGAGUCCUGUUUCAAUAACGGCGAAUCACAACCGUGUGGAACUGAGCGUGACGACGUCUCUCUAGACGACAUGCUCCAUGAUCAUUGUGCUGUGAGCUGCCACUAUGAAUCUGAAUCUGAUAUCUUCGGGGACUGGCCGCUCACGGGAGAUCCAAUUCUGUGGGAUGACAUCCGCUCAGAGAACAGCGACGUUUACGUCGCCCCGGAGUCCGAUGAAUGUGAUAGGUUCGCAGACGUGAAAACAAAUUGCCCAGGGAGAAACAUUCCCAGGCAGCAAGCAAAGAAAAUGGACAACGCAUGGCUAAGGAGCAUCGCGGAACAGAACGAGAAAUACGACGCGCGGUGCCAGGAGAUUCUGCGCCAGAACGAGGAUGCCGAUCUCCCUCCUGUUCCACUAGAUGUGUUCCCUGAGGGCUUGUUCGGUUGAGGUGGAUUUGAAGGGGAUUGAGGGGGAAUUAAUCCCCUGCAAGCCAAAAUCCCUGCAAAUCCCCUCCAAUCCACCUGGGGUUGGGAUUAACCGAACAAAGCCUGAGGCAACAGGUUUAUGCGUGGAAAGAGGUUGCUGCCACCACAUUGAAUACAUGACCCAUGACACUUCCACCACUAAUUCAGAUCUCGGAUAUAGCGGACCAGACUGAUGCUACAGAUAUUUUCUCUGCGUUUAUCAAGCUUCUCUGCAUCCUAUUCUUACCCCAUCAAUUUCUAUGGAGUAUUCGCUGUUCGGGAUGUACUGGAGCCUCUGCGGAACCAUGUCUUCAACCGUUCCAGAGAUGACCCACUGUUGACCGGGUAAUCAAGGCUUGUUUGUUUUCAAAAUGGAAGAAUUAUGUUCAAGGGUCUUAGAGCAGGAUUCUAAAAACACAGGAAUAGGAAAAACAUACCAUCGAUAUGUUAUGGCAUAUUGAAUCGAAAACAAAGAAUCUGUAAUAGAAGCUGUUUGGUUGCGCCACAUGAAAAAAAAGGAAAUUUUCAUGAGGUUGGAGUCAAAUGGAAUUUUUCCUAUAUUAUUGCAUGCAAAAUAGGCCAUAGGAAAAAAUUCCUAUGAUUUCUGUUCGCACAAACCAAACAUGCU